CAAAAUCAUUUAAAAAUUAUCUGGAUGAAACGAUUUAAUUCUAUCUUUUCUAGAGAUAAAUUAAAAAAUUAAAUCAUCUUUAUUUAAGACGCGUUUACAUAUAUGUAACAUUGGUUCUGGUGCCACGCGACGGUGAAUUGAGUGAAUUGUUUACUGAGGAGGGGUGACGAGAGGAGAGGAGUCUUCGUCUUCGCGCGCCUUCGAGGAACUUGUUCAAGCUCGAGCGCGUUUAGAUUCACGCUCAACUUUGGCAGUCUGGCAAUGCAAGUUUCCGAAAAUGGCCAACGCCGAGGUUCUGCAGCUAGACGUGUGGAAGGGUGACUGGGGUCUACCGUCGGUCGACAUCGAGUGUCUGCAAGUUCUGAAACAGGCGUAUGCUAAAUUCAGUGGGGUACCUAUAAAAGUACAUCUAGCAAGUAACCCAUUUAGAACGCCAAAUGGUCGAUUGCCUUUGCUUAGGACUGGUCAUUGUACUUUGGAUACAGCUAAAGAUAUACUGCCCUACUUUAGAACGAAACAUAGUACUGACUAUACAUUAAGCGAUAAGCAAUGCGCGGACGUUCUGGCUUAUGAUUCUCUGCUUAAGGAAAAGUUAUAUCCAGCCUUUCAAUUUAUAUGGUGGAUAGAUAAGAAGAAUUUAGACGAGUUAGUCAGACCAUGGUAUUGCAAAGCGCUGUCUUUUCCAUUUAAUUUCUAUUAUCCAGGUAAAUUUGAGCGGCAAGCGCACGCUUUGAUGCAAAGUUUAUAUCCUUUGGAAGAUAAUAUAAAUGUUAUUGAAAAUGAGGUAUAUUCAGAAGCACAAAAAUGUUUAACGUUAUUGUCUACAAGACUUGGAGAUAGAGAUUUCUUUUGUGGGCAGCAACCUACUGCGAUAGACGCCGUAGUGUACUCAUAUUUAGCACCGUUGCUUAAGGCCCCAUUACCAAACCCAGUUCUAAAAAAUUAUCUGAAAGCCUGUACAAAUUUAGUGAAGUAUGUGUCGCGUAUAUCGCAGAGAUACUUUGAAAACGAAUAUCAGACUUAUGAGAAGCACAAAGCCGAAAAGAAUGUGGACAGAUUAAGAAGAGAUUCUGAAAGUGAAUUUCCAAAUAAGAGAAGAAAUCAGAUCCUCGCCGCGCUUGUCGCUACAUUGGCAAUGGCAGGAUAUGCGUUAUCUACUGGUAUUGUAGAGGUGCUAGUAUAUUUGUUAAGAAGCAGAAAAUUUAUUAGAGUUUCUAAGAAGAAAAGAAAACGUACCACUAAAGGAUGACGAAAUCACAGACGUGCCGAUGGAAUAUAUGCUGAAUGAUGAGGACGAGGAAUAGCAGUUAGCAAAAAGAAAAUUGUUUUCACGAUAAAGAUAGAAAAUAUAAAAUUAUUAAACGGGGAAUAUCCUGUUUCAUGCAAUAUUUCGAAGUGAUUUACGUUCAAAUGUUCUGGUAUGGAGUAGUUCUAUAUUUGUAUACACAGGGAGAAAGAAAGGGAGAUAUUACAUAAAUGUAUAAAUAGCAAAAUAUAUAACAAAGUAAAUAAA